UUCAAAAUAACUUCUUCUCUCGAUUUCUCUAAAACAGUUAAUUUAACAGAACUAUGAAUUCAUUGCUAGGUAUGUUCGACUACUUCUGCGCACAGAUGAUCAGGAACAAAGUUACUGCUGUUUUUUCCUCUGAUGGAUCCUCUUCUUCUUCCUCCUCCUCUGCGGUUCAAUCUGUGUCGGUGGAGAAGUCAACAAAGAAUGUUUCGGUGGAGAAGGCACAACUGAGGUUUGCACCGGAGCUUGACGGACUUCAUUAUUUUGAGACCCUAAUUCGUUCUUGAUCAUCCUACAACGAACUUAAUUCCUUUAUUUUUAUUUUGGUCUUGUGUUUGUUAGAGUUUGUCAUUAAAUAAUAUUCUUUUACAGAAUUAUU